CACACUGCAGGACAGCGGCCGGCAGCCCUCCGCGGCCAUGGAGCGGGCUCCAAACCUGCUUCUGCUCUGCAUCUUCACCUUCGCCAUGGUGCCGGUUCCUGAAGCCAAGGACCAGAGCAAGGCAGCCAAGGGCAGGAGAAGGGGCCUGGCACGGCCACCAACAGCCCCCCCUGCCCUGGCCUGGGCCCCAGAUGACCCCUACACCAGCAUGGCAGAGUACGAGCACAGCAUCCAGGACAUGGUGCGCCAGCUGAGGAACGGCUCUGAGCCGGGGGACACCAAGUGCCAGGUGAACCUGAGGCUCUGGAGGUCCAACCGGAGGAGCCUGUCCCCCUGGGCCUACAGGAUAAACCACGAUGCCACACGGAUCCCAGCAGACAUCCCCGAGGCCCGGUGCCUCUGCACUGGCUGCAUCAACCCCUUCACCAUGCAGGAGGACCGCACCAUGGCCAGCAUUCCCAUCUACAGCCGGCUGCCCGUGCGCCGCCUGCUCUGCCCGGGCCCGGCCGAGGCGGGGCACAGGCCCUCGGGCAAGAAGAAGUGUCACAAGAAGUACCAGAUGGUGAUGGAGACCAUCGCUGUGGGCUGCACCUGCAUCUUCUGA